AUUAUUGUUAAAACCUUUCCUCUUCUAUUUAACGAAAGAACAACACAAAAACAUCUGCACUCAGUUCUCAAUACUCAAUAGCAGCACAAAAAUGGCGGAUUACUUACCUGAAGAAAUCGUAAUCAACAUCCUCCAAAGGCUUCCCGUCGAAACCCUCCUCCGCUGCACUGCCGUCCGCAAAUCAUGGUACUCUCUCAUCACCUCCCCCGAAUUCAUUUCCUCUCACUUAAAACUCGCCGCCGCCGCCGCCGACGAAACCCCUCUACUCCUGAUACGCCGCCGUAUCAGCAGCUCCGAGCGCUACGAGCUGCACUCCGACGGCGAGCCUCUCACCCGCGUAUCUAAAUUGAAUUUCCCGUUCAGCAGCACGAAUUCCUAUUUCACAAUCGUCGGCAGCUGUAACGGAUUGCUCUGCAUUUACGACGAUCGAGUUGAUUACACCGACACAAUUAUUCUGUGGAACCCAUGUAUUAAGAAAUCAAUCCUCCUCCCCGAACCAAACCUAAUUCACAAUUCAUAUGGUGGUUUCGCACAAUCGUUUGGAUUUGGGUUUGAUGCAAUUGCCGGUGAUUACAAGGUGGUUAGGGUUUCUUGUGUGGAUGAUUUAGAUCACCAAAUUGAGCUUUACAAGUUGAGCACCGGCGCGUGGCAAGAUAUUAGUAGUCACUUGAAAUUCGAUCGGUGUUUCAUCAUCGAUGACCGAUCUCGUCAAGCCUAUGUGAAUGGAGCCACAAAUUGGAUCGCAAGUUGUCCCCAUUCGUGUGAUUUUAUUGUGUUAUUUGAUAUGAGUACAGAGGUGUUUGGGGAGAUUAAACUGCCGAUUGAGGUUUCGGAAACCGAUCCGAUUAUAAGUAAAGAUUUGAUGGUUUUCGACGAACGUCUUGCUCUUGUAUUGUGCAGUGAUUCGGCGGUGGAGCCCACCUUUUGUGUUUGGGUGAUGAAAGAAUACGGUGUGGAGGAAUCUUGGUGUAAACAACUCGUCUUUGAAUUUCAUAUACUUGGAGCUAUAUUUAUUCGGCCGUUGUGGGUGAGAAAAUGCGGCAGAGUUAUGGCGGUUUUGCAGGAUGGGGGUUUGUAUUCUUUCGAUCUUAAUGACGACGAAAUUAAGGAUCUUGGUGUGCAUUGCUCGGGAUAUGAAUAUUAUGAGCACUCUUUUCAUGUAGAUAGUUACAUCAAAAGUUUGGUUCUUUUGGAGAGGGGCGCUUAUUUUUCUGAUUCGGUCACUUGCGACCAAUUGAUGCCGAAUCGACAAAUAUAUGACUGUGAUUCUAUCGGUAGCUGUGAAAGUGAUUGACAGUAAUCGGGCAAUUUAGCCAGCUUGAAGGAACUCGGUGUAAAGUGUGGACGAUAACAAAUGUGGAUCGUAGAACUGAAAGAGAUGAGAUGAAAUUUUGUCUCUAUAUAUGUUUUAAUCUCGCUUUCUUUCUUUCUUUUUUUCUUGUUUGUUUUUAACAAGUAUUAGUAGAAAAAUUAUAUAAUUAUUUGCUGUUUAACCCUACUGUUUGUGAAUAUCUCUGUAUCUGCAAGAUUAGUUUUCUGGAUUCUUUGCUACUGUAUUGAUUUCAUUUGAGUUUCGAUUU